GUGUCAGUGAGCUUUGAAGUUCUCGCGUACGGUUUUGAAUGAAAUUGACAGAUUGGAUAUGAGCUGUAGAUUUUGUAAACAAUUUUUUAGAAGGAUAAUUAGCAAUUAGGUUUCUCAGAAAGUUUUUACAAUUCAAAGCUGAAAUAAUUUAUCAAUGUCUGCCUCAAUAAGUAAUUCUAUCUUACCGUUCAGUAAGAAAAAUGAUAAAGAACAAGAUGAGAAACUACUGGAACCAUUUGAUUAUAUACUUCAAGUACCAGGAAAAAACAUAAGGUCCAAACUAUCAAGAGCAUUCAAUCACUGGCUAAAUAUAUCUGAAGAGAAACUAAACCAAAUCACUGAUAUUGUCCAAAUUUUACAUAAUUCUAGUCUUUUGUUAGAUGAUAUUCAAGACAAUUCGAUAUUGAGAAGAGGGAUACCUGUGGCUCAUUCAAUCUAUGGUGUUGCUAGUACCAUAAACACUGCAAAUUAUACUUCUUUCAUUGCUUUGGAGCGAGUAGUAGAUUUACAACACCCUGAAGCAAUACCUAUAGCUUUAGAACAAAUCCUAGAGUUGUACAGAGGUCAAGGAAUGGAAAUAUAUUGGAGAGACAAUUUUUCCUGCCCAACUGAACAGGAAUAUAAACAAAUGGUAGUUCGAAAAACUGGUGGUCUCUUCAUGUUGGCUAUAAGAUUGAUGCAGCUUUUUAGUGAAAAUAAAGAAGAUUAUACCAAAAUAACGGCAAUAUUGGGAUUAAUAUUUCAGAUUCGUGAUGAUUAUUUGAAUUUAGUGUCUACAGAUUAUAUGCAUCAUAAGAGCUACUGUGAAGAUUUAACGGAAGGAAAAUUCAGUUUUCCAAUAAUUCAUGCCAUUUCAAGUCAACCACAGGAUAAACAGGUUAUACAUAUUCUUCGCCAGAGAACCAAGGAAGCUGAAGUGAAGAAAUAUUGCGUCUCUUUACUAGAGAAAUAUGGUAGCUUCGCAUAUACUAGGCAAACGUUGAAGGACCUGAACCAAGAGGCGAAGGAAGAAAUUGAAAAAUUAGGGGGAAAUCCAUAUAUGGAACAAUUUUUGAGUUCUCUUGCUGAAUUGUGAUUCUGUUGAUAAUUUACCAAAUAUUAUUCAUCCAUUAUAUAUUAUGUUAUCCAAUUACAGUAUAUAUUUUUCACCGAA